AUGAAACUGAACUCCGCAGCUCGAGAUACAGAUUUGAGAGAGAUCAGUGGGGACACUAGGAGUAGAGGAGGACCCGGAGACAGUAGGAGUAGAGGAGGACCCGGAGACAUUAGGAGUAGAGGAGGACCUGGAGACAGUAGGAGUAGAGGAGAACCUGUUGACAGUAGGAGUAGAGGAGAACCUGGAGACACUAGGAGUAGAGGAGAACCUGGAGACAGUAGGGGUAGAGGAGAACCUGGAGACAGUAGGGGAAGAGGAGAACCUAGAGACAGUAGGGGUAAAGGAGGACCCAGAGACAGUAGGAGUAGAGGAGAACAUGGAGACAGUAGGAGUAGAGGAGAACCUGGAGACAGUAGGAGUAGAGGAGAACCUGGUGACAGUGGGAGUUGA